AUGUGUCAAUAUUCCAUAUCAACUCCCUUAGAUAUGCGGUCACAACUAUUACUCCGUCACUAUCCACCGAUGCUAUGCAUAAGACUGUUGCUCUGCAGAGUACAAACGAUACUCUGCACCUGUAGCAGAACAUCUCAUGACAUCAAGCGCAGAGAGAUACCGUAUGUCAAGGCCAUGCGCAUUAUGUCUCGGGUGGUCAGUAGAUUCGACGACGACCACAUCUACCCCGUGUACCGCUUCGGGUGCAUAAACACUAAGGACAAGUCUGUCCUUCCUCUCCUGUAUCCUGAUCAAGAAGACCCCCACUUCGAAGGCUUUGACGCCGUGAAGAAGGCGUACGAACACAUCGCGCCCCAGAUCGAGAUGUCCGGCCCGACCACCUUUGCCCCGAUGAUCCGCCAGGCGAUAGAGAUAUCUAGGGAAUCCAAUGGUCAAUACAUGAUUCUCGUCCUGCUCACAGACGGUGACGUUUCAGACAUGGUUGAGGAUAUGAAGGCGCUCCAAGAAGCGUCCAACUACCCCCUGAGUAUCGUUGCUGUUGGUUUGGGCGAUGGUCCGUUCGACAAAAUGCACAUUUUCGAUGACGAUGUCCGUGGUCGCAAGUUCGACAACUUCCAGUUCGUGAACUUCACAGAGGUUGAAAUGAAAGCAGGGAAGUGCGAGAACCCAGAACUGGUGCUUGCCACCGCCAUGAUGCAGGAGAUCCCCAGUCAGUUUGCUUUCAUUAAGAAGCUAGGGUAUCUCAACUAG